CUGGAGAUGGAACAAGCAAAAAUCAAGUCACGAUUAACAAAAACAAACCAGCUAAAACACGAGAGAUUAACAUGGUCAGAUUAAAAAAUAAAGUCAGAAAAAGGAGCUCACGGAUCAAAACCAUAAAUCAUGCUCAUUAUAUCCGAACCGGAUUAUUUUUUACCGAAGGAAAUGUUCAAAAAAGCAUCAAAAGGCUAUAGGGAAGCGCCAUUUUGUGAGGGUACCUUCGAUCAGGGCGGGAAAACAGUAAGGUGGUGACCAAUAGAAUCACUCGCUUUCAAAAGGCGUUCUAAAAUCCAGCCAAUAAGCGAAAAGGUCGAUCCACUCAUGCGCUCUGGCGUCGAUCCAUAGAAUUAUAGAUAUAGCACGGCAGUGUGGGCUUGGCCGCUGCCGCGACAGGACGCGCAUGUCUGUACAAAACAAUUUUUGUAAAAAAAAAUAUGUCGAAGUGCCUCAAAAAUUUAAACUAGUGAAUACUAUUUUGGUGUAUUAAGUUAUUUCAACCUUAGUGUUUGGUCUUUUUAAGUGUCUAUCAGACAAUAAUAGAGCUUAAUUAUAGUCUUAUAAGGCGUCAAGAUUGCUAAGAAGAAGGUAAAACGUUGUCGCACGGAGUUGGCGGUGAGCGAGGGCGUGAUGGUGAUGGCAAGCGGCGGCGGCGGGCUGGUGCAGUCCCCGCCCGACAUGCUGCAUCACCACAACCUCAUGGAUACCUCAAGCCACGUCGAGAUGAUGCCGAAAAAGCUCCGGCUGUCGUUAUGCGUCGGGUGCGGCGGGCAGAUCCACGACCAGUACAUCCUCAGGGUGGCACCCGAUCUUGAGUGGCACGCCGCCUGCCUCAAGUGCCAAGAGUGCCGCCAGUUCCUCGACGAGAGCUGCACGUGCUUCGUCAGGGACGGCAAGACCUACUGCAAGCGGGACUACACUAGGUUAUUCGGUACAAAGUGCGACAAGUGCGGGUCGUCGUUUAGCAAGAACGACUUCGUAAUGCGAGCCAAGACGAAAAUCUACCACAUCGACUGCUUCCGCUGCUGCGCCUGCGCGAGGCAACUAAUACCUGGUGACGAAUUCGCGUUGAGAGAAGGCGGUGCUUUAUAUUGUAGAGAAGACCACGAUGUUUUAGAAAAGACUGCGAACACUAGCAGCGGCAGCGGCGCCGAGAGCAACAACAACACCACCCUUAGCAACAACAACUCACACCAUCCGCACGAAUUGGGAUCUAUGUCCGAUUCUGGCAGUGAGUCAGGCUCCCACAAAAGCGGCAGAGCGCGGACUACCGCUGCAGCUGACGGAAAACCGACGAGAGUUCGCACUGUACUUAAUGAAAAACAACUACAUACGCUUAGAACUUGUUACGCGGCUAAUCCACGCCCCGAUGCUCUGAUGAAGGAACAGUUAGUGGAAAUGACUGGACUCAGUCCCAGAGUUAUAAGAGUCUGGUUCCAGAACAAGCGUUGUAAAGAUAAGAAAAAAACUAUACAGUUGAAAAUGCAGAUGCAGCAGGAGAAGGCCGCCGCAUGGGGUACAUGUCGAUGGGCGUGCCGCUCGUAGCGGGAUCGCCGGUGCGGCACGAGCCGGCGGGCAGCCUGGCGUUGGAGGUGACGGCGUAUCAGCCGCCAUGGAAGGCGUUGUCGGAUUUCGCACUACACGCUGACUUAGAUCGAGCGCCACAUCACAGCGCGGCUUUUCA